AUGGAAAUUUUACGUGCUGAAUCAAAUGAAUUUCAUCAUUUAAAAAAUAAUGAUGGUCCAACAGAUGCUUCACCAUUAUCAUCAACAAUUGAUGAUGAUGAUGAUGAUGAUCAUUUUUCAAAUGUGAGUAUACAUGAUGAAAAAGUUCAAUCAACAAGUACAAUUAAAAAUGAAAACGAAGACAAAACAACAAAUGAAAAUAAAGAUUCUUUAAAUAUAUCACCAAUUAUAAAUCGUCCAAUAUCAACAAUUGAUUAUACACGUCAUCGUGAACGUCUUGCAAAAGAACUUAAAGAUUAUGAAGAUCGUUGGUUAGCACAUAGAAAUUUUCUUCUAUAUACACAAUCAUUUGCAAUGAAACCUGAAGAUCGUGAACGUUUAUUUUCACAAUUAAAUACAACUAAUAAUAAUAAUAAUAAUAAUAAUAAUAAUAAUAACAAUGAAGAAAAUUCUCCUUUACAUCAAUUACAAAUUCAACAACAAUUAUUUCAUCGUUUAUCAAAAGAAGAACGAGAUCGUUUUUUAGCAGCUGCUUUAUAUCAACAACAACAACAACAACAACAAAAUCCAUAUAAUUUUCAUUCAUAUCCAUGGACAAAUCCAACAACUCCAUCAAUUCUAUCUCCAACAGCAAAUAUUGUUUCACAAAUUCAAUCAUCUUCUGAUCAUCAACAACCAAAAUCACCAAGUUCAGAUGAUAGUGGAAAUCAAUCAAAUUCUGGUAGUACAACUGAAUGGACUUUUGAAGAACAAUUUCGUCAGCUCUAUGAAUUAUCCGACGAACCAAAACGUAAAGAAUUUCUUGAUGAUUUAUUUGCAUUCAUGCAAAAGCGUGGUACUCCGGUUAAUAGAAUACCCAUUAUGGCUAAACAUGUACUUGAUUUAUAUGAAUUAUUUCGUUUGGUUGUUGGUAAAGGCGGUUUAGUUGAAGUCAUUAACAAGAAAUUAUGGCGUGAAGUGACGAAAGGUCUUAAUUUACCAAGUUCGAUUACUAGUGCUGCAUUUACUCUACGUACACAAUAUAUGAAAUAUUUAUAUCCAUAUGAAUGUGAAAAAUUACAAUUAAGUUCACCAAGUGAAUUACAAGCAGCGAUUGAAGGAAAUCGACGUGAAGGUCGUCGACCGUCUUAUACAUUUGAAUAUUCAUCACCGCCACAAAUUAUGCCUCCACCACCACCGCCACCACCACCAACAACAACAGCAGCUGCAGCAGCAAAUUCUUUUCUUGCUAGUCCACUUGCACACAGACCUUUGGAUUCAAAUCAUGCUGCAAUGGCUGCUGCAUUAUCUCAUCCAUUUUUUCUUGCAGCUGCAGCAGCAGCAUCAUCAUCAUCAUCACGUGAUGUUAAUGAAAUAACACCAACAGCUUCACGUAUAUCUUCAUUUGAUGAUCAUCAUCAUCAUUUAACAUCUCCAUCAACAAUAAAACGAAGUAUUUCACCAUCAUUUUCAUCUAAACAAAAUGAUGAUAAUAUAAAAAAAUUUGUUUCAACAAUAAAUAAUAAUUUAAUUCAUUCAAAUUGUUUUACACCUUCAACAACAAAUAAUUCAUCAUUAUUAUCACAAGUUAGUAAACUAAAUAUAAUUGCAAAAGAGAAUAAUCUUCAACAACAAUCAAAUGAAAAAUCAAUUCAACUUUCCAUUGAAUUAAAUGGAAUUGCUUAUCAGGGCACAUUAUAUGCAACAACAUGUACCGGUAGCAAAGAGUGA